AUGUCAUCCAACAUACCGCCAAGUCCAAGUUCAAAACGACAACGAAUAAUGAUUAUUACCGUCGAUGAAAGUAUCAUUAAUCAGAUAGAAAAAAGUAACAAUGUGUCAUUACUGGAACAGAUUGUUCUUCCAUCCGAAGGUAACAAUAAUAAAAUAUCUAAUCAACAGAGCACAGUACAAUCAUCAGAAAAGAAGAAUAAACCAAAAAGUGGUUCUUUAAUUUGUGUUGUUUGUGGAUCAUCAGCAAAUAGUUAUAAUUUUGGUGCAAUUACCUGUGAAAGUUGUAAAGCUUUCUUUCGUCGUAAUGCUCGAAAAGAGUUUACGACUCUCCAUUGUAAUGGCAAAGGUGAUUGCAAAAUAACAUUGGAAACACGUCGUGAUUGUUCAGCCUGUCGUUUAGCCAGGUGUUUUGAUAGUGGAAUGCAAUGUGAUCGAAUUGUGACGGUUGAACAAAAAGCAGAAAAACAACGUCGAAUAGACGAAAAUAGAAAAUUAGCGUUGAAUUCAAACUCGAAAAUGAAUGAACAAGAAUGUCAAUUGUCAGCAUCCAUAUUUUCAGAUGAUUUACUUACAUCGGUAGACACAAAUGUUCUUCUCACAGAUUUUAACGAUCUUCUGCCGUCUCAGCUACAACGAACAUUACUCAAUUCAGAAGAUUUAGAAUGCAUAGAAGCUGUAUCACAUUCUUAUCAAAAACGUAUUGAAUUCGCGGCUCUUGAUGGUCUUCCAUGGGACCCAUCCAUGCAUACAACAACUUUUGUACAAAUUCUCAACAGCCAUUCAGUAGCAAUCAUGCGACUUUUAUCAUUUUUCAAACAAAUACCUGAAUUUAAUCAAUUAAAUAUUGAUGAUAAAGUUAUUUUAGUGAAAUAUAAUCUUAUUACGAUUCUUGGGAUAAACUGUGCACUUUCAUAUAAUACAGAAACUGACAAAAUCAUUGAAGCUGAUUCUGAUGUGCCAUGGAAUACACAAUUCUUUCAAGUACUUCAUGGUUAUAAUAUGUGCAUGCAAUCAAAAAAGAUUUUUGCCUCAUUUUUUCAUAUAGUAAAGUAUGAUCGAAAAAUUAUGGAAUUAACACUUAUUAUACUUAUCCUUACAAAAAGUUCUGCAAUAACUGGUGAUUAUGAUGAAUCCAUAGGCAAUGACACAAUGUCUGUAUAUCGUAUACAAAAUUAUUAUACAGAACUAUUGUGGAAGUACAUGGAAACAAUGCAUGGAUAUGAAAAAGCAGUCGAUUUAUUUAGUAAACUCAUGGUUCAUGUCAUCUCAUGGCAAACACUUCAGGAAGAAAUGCGCAAAAAUAUAGUGCGAGCAUUAUCACCAGAAGAUAUUAGUGAAUUAUUGCCAAUUAUGAAAACAGUAUUGCGUAUUUCAUAA